AUCUGCUUCAAAGUAAAGUACAGAUUGACAAGACAGAAGCAGAACAAAACUUCAUGGCACAAUAGAGAAUUUCGAGAGGGAAAUACGAUGUCUGACAAUAGCAAGAUGAGGAUCAAUCUCCUCCUGCUUGGAAGAACACAAAGUGGGAAAAGUGCAGCAGGAAACACUCUUCUGGGCAGCAGAGACUUUCCCAGUUUUCUUUCCCCGUGCUCUGUGACUACAUCCUGCCACCUAGGCCGCAGCUGUAACAUUUCAGAUUUUGGGCGUCAGCAAGGAAGAGCACUAACUGUGCAAGUCCAUGUGCUGGACACUCCUGGAUAUCCUCACAGCAGCCUCAGCAAAGAGCAGAUCCAGAAAGACGUCAAAGAUGCGGUAGCUCAUCACUUUGGACAGCAAGGUCUACAUUUGGCACUUUUGGUUCUAAGAGCCGAUGUUGUACUGUGUGAAGAAGAGGAAACUUCCACCAUACAACUGAUUGAGGAACUCCUUGGGCCUAACUGGAAAACUUACACUGUCAUUUUAUUUACUCAUGCAGACCAGAUUGAAAAAUCAUCAUUUACUAUAGACAAAUAUUUACAUAGUGCCUCAGACGCACUACAUAAAGUAAUGCAGUUAGUUCAGCAAAAAUGCAUUUUUAUUGACAAUCAUGCUAGGUUUCUAAAACAUGAAAACCUAAAAGCUUUAAGAAAAAUUAUGGAGUUUCUAAAACAAAACAGUUUCCAGACCCUUCAUGUAAAAUAAACAAUGCUAUACAUUUAAAUAAUUUACUAUUUCCAAAUUCUGGAUUCUUUGCGCUUUUAUAAUUCACUCUUUUGGAGGCAUGAUGACUCAAUGAUUAAAGAUGCUGAGCUCAUCAGCUGGAGGCUGACAGCCAGGGUUCAAGACCCAAUGGGAUGAACGCUUUGGGGUACAGAGUUAUUUUUUCAGAUUCAAUUUACAUAGUGUCAGAUUGAAGUAUACUAUUGAAAACUACUUAUUUUCACCCAGUGUAUCCAGGAUCAAAUAUAAAUUUCAUAUAUUCAUGAUGGUUUUAAAAUGCCUAUAUUGUGUGCACUAAUCAAGCUGAAUAGCCAUAAAAUAUUUUCAUUAAAAUAUA